GUUGCUGCUCCAUCUGACCUCUAAGUAUUCCGGCGACACGAUCUACCAUUAAUCAUAACAUGACCGAUGGCCUCACAUAAUCUUUCCUAUCACAGUGUCCGAAGAAUGACUCUAUUCCAGCUGUAAGCAGCAUAGAUGCACAUUCCUAGGACAUGUUCAAGUCUGUGUACUGAUGGAAGUGAUGGCUUACCCAGAGGCCUUUGUUGCUGCUGCCCGACAAUACCUGGCUUCAGGAAAGAAGAGGAAACCCUUGUCUCGGUCUUUGUGCUUGAACCUUGCUGCCCAGAUCCUGGCAGUGGAUUCAGGUCUGAAACCUGCACUGUUGUACGACACCAACUCAGCUGGGCCAGACAAGAUCCAGCAGUACCUGCACACGCUGGGGGCAUUCGGACUUGUGGCCAAUGCACUGCAUGUGGUGGUGGUAGAUGACAAUACCCUUAUUGUCAACUUGGACCUGAUUAUCUUACACUUGGAAGAACUGCUUUUGAAAAAAAACAUUUCUGUCAUGGAUGUGUCUCAGUCGAGGGCUCAGCCCAUGCUGACAAACAUGGAAUCCAGUGGGGCUGAGGAGUCAGUGCAGGGAAUUCUGGGUGAUUUGAGAAAGCUAACACAAGGGGCAGGGAGAGGCACCCCUGAGGUCCUCACUGUGGGAGAGGGGCUGUGUGGGCACUGGAACCUGUGCACCCUCUUUGGAAUCCUCUUAGGUUUCCCUGCCACCUACUGGUUUGACCAGAAGAUGAGUUUUGAGAACUGCCUGAGUAUGAUGCCCCUGCUGGUUACCACAGCCACCGCUUCCUGGGAUGCCGUUGCCGGGGGCAGCAGGCACUGUUUCUACUCCUUCAGCAUCCCACAGGUGUUGAUGUCAGAGACUCAGCCCAUGUUGGACAGCUGGGCUGAAAAACUGCAUGAGCGGUUCAGCCACCAGUCCACCUUCUCUGCUCUCACAGUUUCCACAGAGACAGUGCUCCUGCCCUCAGUUGCACUUUGAAUCUGAUUCUAUUCCCUGGUCAUACAGGCCUGCAGUGCCUUCUGUGACUGCCAGCAGGGCCAAAAGCACAGCACAUGAAGGACUGCAGGGAACCCUAGCAGCAUGUCACAGGCAGUACACAAGCAGCUGAAUACAAGUAAAGUGGUUAUGAUUUUCACAAAAAUGUACAUAAGUCAUGACAAGUAUUUUUAAGUUGGUUAUAAAUCUUUUUUUACAAAUAAAAAAA